CUCUGGGUUUAUGGUAUUAUCAUUCAUGGUGGCUUUGCGAUUGAAAAGACCGAGUUAAUAACAUCGGAUCAAAUCCCUUCAUCGCGUUUCUCUCAAGACCUAAAUUCGCGGGAUCUGUUAUCAUCAUCAUCAUCAUCAUCACCGCUAUUUCAAGCCCAUAACUCGUGUUCGAGGCCGCAAAUUCGGAGGGGAUAACUUUCUUCAUAUAAAACCUCAACCCCCUCUCUCCUUCUCUCUUUUACUCCGACGACAUUCUUUCUUUUUUCAGAGACCAAAUAUGUCUGGACCUGGACCUGGACCUGGACCUGGACUUGGAACAAUUGAGAAUACUGCAAAGACGGGACUUUCAAAGCAUGAUAUUGAGCAUUAUGACGAUGAUAGGAAGACGAGACUUGGGUCUCUUAAGCAAAAGGCAAUCAAUGCCUCAAGCAAAUUCAAACAUUCUUUGACAAAAAGAGGUAGGAGACAUAGCAGAGUUAUGUCUGUUUCCUAUGAAGAUGAGCGUGACGCUGAGGAGUUACAAGCUGUAGAUGCCUUUCGUCAAUCUCUUAUCUUGGACGAAUUACUACCUUCAAAGAAUGACGAUUAUCAUAUGAUGCUAAGGUUUUUGAAGGCUAGGAAAUUUGAUUUGGAGAAAACAAAGCAAAUGUGGACAGAUAUGAUUCGAUGGAGGAAAGAAUUUGGUGCUGACACAGUCAUGGAGGAUUUUGAUUUUAAGGAAAUCAAUGAGGUGCUGGAACACUAUCCACAUGGACAUCACGGAGUAGAUAAGGAUGGACGGCCUAUUUACAUUGAAAGAUUGGGGAAGAUUGAUGCAGUCAAGCUUCUGCAAGUCACAACUAUGGAGCGUUAUGUGAGAUACCAUGUCAAGGAAUUUGAAAGAACUUUUGUCUAUAAAUUCCCAGCAUGCUCAAUUGCAGCCAAGAAACACAUUGAUCAAAGCACGACUAUUCUUGAUGUUCAAGGAGUGGGAUUCAAACAAUUCAGCAAAACCGCUAGAGAACUUAUUCAGUCUCUACAAAAGAUCGAUGGCGAUUGUUACCCUGAGACUCUGUGCCGGAUGUACAUCAUUAACGCAGGCUCUGGCUUUAGGCUAUUGUGGAAUACUGUUAAAUCGUUCUUGGACCCAAAAACAACAGCAAAGAUUCAGGUUCUUAGCAACAAAUAUCAGGCCAAAUUGCUUGAAGUAAUAGAUGCUAGUGAGCUACCAGAUUUCUUGGGUGGUACAUGCACAUGUGCCGACAAAGGUGGCUGCCUUCGUUCUGACAAGGGACCGUGGAAUGAUCCUGAGAUCAUGAAGAUGGUUGAAAAUGGUGAACAUAAAUGUUCAACCAAGAUUAUGGUUGCCAUCAACGACGACGAGAAGACAAUUUGUCAAGAUGUUCUAAAGAGAAGUGAUUCUUCCCCUUCAGGAAGGGUAUCUGAUAAUCAUCUAUCUCCAGUCUGUAAAGAAGCUGCUGGUGGUUCAAUUGAGAAUCACAAAUAUAUCCCUCCCAUGGUUGACAAAUCUGUAGAUACAAAUUGGAAACAGAAACUAGCCUCUCCAAAGGGUAUGAUGUUGGGUAGAGAAGAUGAUCAUUGCAAGCCAUCUCAAGGAAUAAGCAAUCAUCUCUUCAAUGGGGUGUUGACAAUUGUAAUGGGUUUUGUGACAAUGGUUCGUUUGACCCGAAAUAUGCCAAGGAAAUUCAUGGAUCCUGCUCUCUGUUCCGGUUCAAACAUGUUUGGCAUGGAUUCUAAUCAUCAUAAUCCUUAUAGAUUGCCAGCCCCUCCUAAUUCUGCCAUAAUCUCCAGCGAUGAUUAUUUCACAGUUCUUAAACGAAUGGCUGAAUUGGAGGAAAGGGCGAAUGUUCUUAGCAACAAAACUGCUUCAAUGCCUGUUGAGAAAGAGGAGAUGCUUAAUGAAGCUCUAAACCGUGUUGAUGUUUUGGAGCAGCAGCUUUCAUCAACUAAGAAGGCUCUUGAUGAUGCGGUGGUUAGGCAACAAGAACUGAUGGAUUACAUGGAGAAGAAGAUGAAGAAGAAAAAGAAGAGGUUCUUCCGCUUCUGAUACUGAUUAUAAACCAAGAAGACUGGUAAUUUUUUUAUGGGGAUUAUUAUUUAUUGAUUUUCUACCAGGGCUGGCUGUCUCCUACAUUUUAGCUUUGAAGAUGAACUUCAAAUUGUACAUAUGUGAAUAUUUUUGUUUUAACUUUGAAAUGAUAUUCUUUAAUUGUUUGGUAUUUGCAA